GGGGGCGUUCCCUUCUUUUUUCCUCUCUGCCGUGUGAACCACAACAAACAGCGGAUGGCAACCAGUUAAGAGUGAAGUAAAAGACAGACAACUGCACGGAUGGGUAAGUCCCAGUCACAUCUGGCCAAGUGCAAAGACGAGACUCAAGACGCCCUGAUGGCCAGUGGUGAGGUCACACACACUCAGACAGAGGACGAUGGAAAGAAUAGAGAUGUGUCUCAGUUCCCCUAUGUGGAAUUCACUGGACGAGACAGUGUCACGUGCCCCACAUGCCAGGGCACCGGGGGAAUCCCACAAGGUCAAGAGAACCAGCUUGUGGCUCUGAUUCCAUACAGCGACCAAAGACUCAGGCCAAGCAGAACGAGUCCCUUCUUUUUAUACUCCAGGAAGUUAUAUGUCACAAUAUCGGUGGCUCUGUGCCUGCCGCUGUCUGGCCUGGCUUGUUUCUUCCUCUUCCCUCGCUCCAUUGAUGUCCCUUACGUGGGAGUAAAGUCUGCUUAUGUUUCCUAUGACCAGGACAAGCGAAUUGUCUAUCUCAACAUUACAAACACCUUGAAAAUUACCAACAAUAACUACUACACCAUAUCUGUGACCAACAUCACUGCACAAGUGCAGUUCUCCAAGACGGUGAUAGGCAAGGCCAAGUUCAAUAACUGCACGGUGAUCAUACCACUGGAUGAAAGGCAGAUUGACUACACAGUCCCUACCACUAUUGCUGAUGAGAUGAGUUAUAUGUUUGACUACUGCACCUUACCAACCAUUAAAGUUCACAACAUAGUGGUUAUGAUGCAGUAAGUAUGGCUUGCUUUUGCAUACAUUUAUAUUACUUUCAUUCUUUUUAUCCAACAGUGCGACUGCAUACCAGACUGUUUUUUCUCAAUGUCAUCGUCCUCCACACUUGCACAGUGUCACCCACACAAACUAAACAAACACAGACUUCUGCUGUGGAGCAUGACUCAGACCAACAGAAUAAGCAUGAACCUUUGUGUGCCCUGCUUAUUCACACAUGAACAGUUAAAGAGAAUGUAAAUGUUCGUCUACAACUGUGGAAAAAAUCAUGUGUCUAGUGUGUAAAUUGUGGCCGGGAUGAGCGUGGAAAGAGAAAAAUUUCAGACUAUUUCUCACACGUUCUCUCACUCUAAGUAGCAACAUUCCACACUCUAAAACGAGUUUUUUCGAAAAAGAUCAUGGACAUUCAACAGUGAUUGAUCAACAACAAUAAGACCUACCGGUAUCAAAACGAGGAAAUAAUACUCCAAUACACAAGGCUUGUGUCUACAUUUUCAAGUUUAAAUGAGAUCUGUAGGUGAAAGUAUGCCUGAGUAGUAGACCUUUGAAAAACUGUGUUUUUUGCGUGAUUUUUUCCGGCUGUCCCAUUCAUUUUCAAUAGGAAAUUUGUCGCAGUUUUUCCAGGGUGGACAAAGCCACAUAGGUGGCCAAAUGUCAUUAGCCUGAAGUAGCCAAUAUAUUGCAUUAAGGAGAGAUAUCAAGUAGAUGAAAAAUUAACAUUUAUUAAGGAAACCUAAACAUGACUGUGCAAGGACUCCAGGAGUGAUGGUAUAAUAAAGAUGAAUUGCAGAGAGAUGUGGACAGGACCCCCCAGAGUCUGGAUGGAGAAGAAGAAUU